AUGCUGAUCUCCUCCAGGUCCGAUGAAGUGCUCCACCUAGCAGUCGGACAGGAGACAAACGCAGAGGUAUGGACGUCGAUCACAACGUCCCUAGGAUCCUCCACCGAAGCUCGCUGCCUCAGCCUCCUAAGCCAAUUCCAGACGUUGAAGCAAGGGAAUUCAUCGAUAGCUGAAUAUUUGGGACGUGCCGAGGUUCUCGUGGAAGCUUUGGCUCAAGCUGGAUGGCUGCUUUCCUCCACCGAGCAGAACCUGUAUGUGCUACGAGGUCUGCAUCAAGAUUUGCGGAUUAUGGCAGCAUCGCUCACCGCCAUCAACAACGCUGUCUCACUCCCGCAGCUGGCUGACUUCCUUCAGGCACAAGAGUUCAUCAUCUUUGAUGAAUACUCUGCAGUUGGCGACGACAAUGGUGGUCACCCGACGGCCAUGCACGUAGGGCGCGGUUGUGGUUCGAGCGGCGAUGGCGGAAGAGGCUCCGGCUCUGGGCAGCAGUGGCGAGGCGGUCGAGGUGGUAAUGGCCGGAAUGGCCGUGGCGCUCCAAGGUGA